GAAAGUCAGUCGCGUGCGUACCGUCGUUGGAUACGGUAUUCCGUUCUCCAUUCGUUCUCUGUUGGUUCUCUAUUCGUUUUCCGGUUAACUCGGACAACAUUCGGGAAACAUGCUGAGGUCUUACCCCGCGCGAUAUUCUACUAGCGGAGCUAGCAGUGGUACUCGAGUGAUUCGUUUGACGGUGGAUCAGGAAGCAGUUCUUCAAGAGCAGUUUAACAGAUGGCCAAGAGCACCUUAUACCGCGGACAUUGUACUCCUCGCAGCUGAAACAGGUCUUUCCGAGGCGGACGUUGAAGGAUGGUACGCUAUCAGAUUGGCUCAGUGGCGGAAAGAACAAGGUCUCGGCGGGAAUCUGGGCAUACACUGAUGAUCGUACGAGAGCGCUCGCUAUGUGCGCUAAACUCUCGUCUCACUUUUGUACCUGAAACUCUUAUACGUAUACGGACAGAUGUAAUGGACCGAUAGCAAAUUAUGAGCAAUGUACUUCUUUCCCUUAAACUCGCAGGUCUUAGUCUAAAUUUUAUUGUAUUCAUAGAAGAGAGUUUUAUUACUUAUUG